CCUUACUCCUUAGUCAUCCGCAAAAUGCCCUAGCCUCCACCAAAAAAAGCAAACCCUAGCCUCCACCAAGCUUGUCGCAGUCUGUCGGAGUGAGAGACUGCUGCUGCCGCCUCCGUCGCACUCAAGAACUUCCGUCUUCGUGCUAUGGGCGUUCGUUACUUCGCUCUUACCAUCCCCUGUUCGCUCUCAUCAGUCACCUGUUCGCUCUCCAUCCCCUUUUCGCUCUCAUCAGUCGCCUGUUCGCCGUCGUCCAUUGUGCUCAACCGCUCUCCGUCGUCCGUCGAAGGUCAAUGUUCACUGCUGGUGCUUGUUCUUCAUGCUUGUUCUUCACUAGUAGUGACCCACCCACCCAACCCAUCCAUUUCCUCUUCCAUUUUCGAACCCUAACCCAUAGCUGCGCUAAUUUUCUAUUCCAUUUUCGAACCCUAACCCGGCAACAAGCUCCACAAUCGACGCCGGCAGAAGGAACUCCAACGGGCAGAAGGAACUCCCGGUCGCGGAUCGAAGCUGCUGUCAGCGGCGUCGUCAUCUAGUCGUCUGAACUCUGGUGCUUCUGGCGUCGGUGUCGUCUGGUCGCCCUGGUCGUCGGUGUUGUCUGGUCGCCCUGGUCGUCGGCGCCGUCGUUCUGGAACUCAGGCCUUCUUGCUCUCUGCCACGUUUUGUGCUUAAUCGGGAUAUGAUUUCCUUUGAUCCAAACAUAGUCUCUGGUGAAUUAUCCCGCGCUUAUUCGAAGACAGAAACUACCACAACCCCCCGGUGGCGGCACAACCACAGCACAGCACCGCACCGCACCAACACACACAUCAUGGAACCCAUCAUCCUUUCUGACGAAGAUGACCCUUCAACGCCGUUUCCGAUCCAAUCCAAGAAACGCCGAACUGAACCAGCACCUAACCAGACCAUUUUCCUCGUCGAUGACGACCCGACCCCACAGAAACCCCAGCUGCAACACGGUGCACAUUCUUCGUCUACACCUUCGUUCGUCGCCGAGACUCCGAUGUCCCUGCAAUUCGAUUCUGAAGUGGCGAUCGUGAAAUGCAUUCCAACUUCUCAUUCCGAUCCUAAUGUUAGGGUUUCCACUUGCCUGCCCAAUAACCUCUCCGGAAUUAGUCAAAUGAUAUGUUUGGAUUCAGAUAACGAGUCGGAAAAUUCUGCUUUGCGCAAUUGUGAUGAGAAUGAAACAAGGGGCCCCGCAUUGGAUCUUCCUGGUUCAGGAGGUUCAAGAUGGACUUCAAAUUUGAUUGGAUCUGGAAGUUCUGCUGAGAGACAUUCAUUGGAAACUAUGGAGAUGCACAUAUCAAGUGGAAAUGAUACUCAAACUGAAAACUCUGGGGACAAUCCUUCAAAUCCAACAUCUUCUCAAUUGGAGGAGAAUGUCCAAAAGAAGAAAAGAUCCAAUGUUUCUGCAAAGAACACUGGCAAAGCAACGGGAAGAACAAAGAUGACAAAAGAGGAAAGAAGUCGCUUGAUGGAGGAAAAGAAACUACAAAAGGAACAAGAGAAGUUAAGAAAAGCAGCACUUAAAGCUGAAGCUGCAGAACUUAAAAAAACGGAGAAAGAAAAGCAGAAGUGGGAAAAAGGGAAGUUUGCCACAAAUUCCAUUGUAGCAGAAAUUGACACGAUGGUAGUUGAAUCAGGAUCAAUUGGAGGACAUCUGCUUACUAGAUUUUAUGAAAAAGGGCUUAAAUACCAGAUUACAUCAAAUCCCAUCAAAGGGUCAAUUUUAUGGCAUAUGGAAGUUCCAGAACAACUUUCACAGUAUUCAACUAAAAGAAUUGAGAUUUCAUAUGUGUUACUGGUUUAUGAAGCUGACAAAUUUUGUAACCUCAUCACAAAUGAUUCUCUUUGGGGUCAUCUCUCUAGCAUUCAAAGUCAUUAUCCAUCCUAUACAGUUUGUUAUCUCACCAAUAGAUUGAUGGCUUACAUUAAUAAAAGGGAACAGGAAAAGUACAAGAAUCCUGAUAAAUAUAGCAGUUGGAGGCGUCCGCCUGUUGAGGAGGUGCUUGCAAAAUUAGCAACUCAUUUCACCAAAGUUCAUUCCAGGCAGUGUGUGGAUGAGGCUGAACUGGCUGAACAUGUUGCUGGUUUGACAACCAGCCUGGCAUCUUGUCAAUUUAGAAAGAAGUUAACUCGAUUAUCUGUGAGUGCAAAUGGAGCCCUUGUUCCAAAGGACAGUGUUGAUCGUAAUUUAAUAAAGAAAUCGUUGUGGUUAAAAGCUUUGGUUGCUAUCCCCAAGGUUCAGCCUCGAUUUGCUAUUGCUAUUUGGAAGAAAUACCCAACCAUGAAGUCCUUGUUAAGCGUUUAUAUGGAUCCAAGCAAAUCGGAGCAUGAGAAGGAGUUUUUACUUAAAGACCUGACAGUAGAAAAUCUGGUUGGCGGCGACAGAAGAUUAGGUGAGGUUUGUUCAAAGAGAGUGUAUAGAAUUCUAAUGGCGCAAAGCGGAAGCAUUCAAACCGACGACAUUGAGGAUGGUGCUGAUUUCUUUGCGCGUCAAUCAUAAAACGCAAUAGAGCUUUCUAAUCUUUUUGGGUCGGAAUAUGUAAAUCCCUAUUUAAGAAAGGGUAUCAACAUGGGAAUGCAUUUGUCAUUUUUAAAUGAAUUGUGUCAAGUGUACAUAAUAGAUCUUGGUUUGGACUCAAUUUAAACUAGCAUUUUAAUUUUA